AUGAAUCCCCUCUGCCCCCUCUUCUGUGAGGCUGGAGCUCCUCGCUUAGAGCCCAGCACACAUUUGAAAAUUAUCUCUUCCUCUUCAGUGGCGGGAGAUGCCAAAGAUAAAGACAUCUCCUGGUUCUCCCCCAAUGGAGAGAAGCUCACCCCAAACCAGCAGCGGAUCUCCGUGGUGUGGAACGACGACUCUUCCUCCACGCUCACCAUCUACAAUGCCAACAUUGACGACGCCGGCAUCUACAAGUGUGUGGUCACUGACGAGGGCGGCAGUGAGUCAGAGGCCACGGUCAACGUGAAGAUCUUCCAGAAGCUCAUGUUCAAGAAUGCACCAACCCCGCAAGAGUUCAGGGAGGGGGAAGAUGCUGUGAUCGUGUGUGAUGUGGUCAGCUCCCUCCCCCCCACCAUCAUCUGGAAGCACAAAGGCCGAGAUGUCAUCCUGACGAAAGAUGUCCGAUUCAUAGUCCUGUCCAACAACUACCUGCAGAUCCGGGACAUCAAGAAAACAGAUGAGGGCACUUAUCGCUGCGAGGGCAGGAUCCUGGCACGGGGGGAGAUCAACUUCAAGGACAUUCAGGUCAUUGUGAACGUGCCGCCCACUGUCCAGGCCAGGCAGAGCAUCGUGAAUGCCACCGCCAAUCUCGGCCAGUCCAUCACCCUGGUGUGCGAUGCCAAAGGCUUCCCAGAGCCCACCAUGAGCUGGACAAAGGAUGGGGAACAGAUAGAGAAUGAGGAAGACGAGAAGUACGUCUUCAGCGAUGACAGUUCUGAGCUGACCAUCAGGAAGGUGGAUAAGAACGACGAGGCUGAGUACGUGUGCAUUGCCGAGAAUAAGGCUGGAGAGCAGGAUGCGUCCAUCCACCUCAAAGUCUUUGCAAAACCCAAAAUCACUUACGUAGAGAACCAGACCGCCAUGGAACUAGAAGAACAAGUCACUCUGACCUGCGAAGCCUCAGGAGACCCCAUUCCCACUAUCACCUGGAGGACUUCUACCCGGAACAUCAGCAGCGAAGAAAAGACUCUGGAUGGGCACAUGGUGGUGCGAAGCCACGCCCGAGUGUCGUCCCUGACCCUGAAGAGCAUCCAGUACACAGACGCCGGAGAAUACGUCUGCACCGCCAGCAACACCAUCGGCCAGGACUCCCAGUCCAUGUACCUGGAAGUGCAAUAUGCCCCCAAGCUGCAGGGCCCCGUGGCUGUGUACACUUGGGAGGGGAACCAGGUGAACAUCACAUGCGAGGUAUUUGCCUACCCCAGUGCUACCAUCUCGUGGUUUCGAGAUGGUCAGCUGCUGCCAAGCUCCAACUACAGCAAUAUCAAGAUCUACAACACCCCCUCCGCCAGCUAUCUAGAGGUGACCCCAGACUCUGAAAAUGAUUUCGGAAAUUACAACUGUACUGCAGUGAACCGCAUUGGACAGGAGUCUUUGGAGUUCAUCCUUGUCCAAGCAGACACCCCAUCUUCACCAUCCAUCGACCAGGUGGAGCCAUACUCCAGCACAGCCCAGGUGCAGUUUGAUGAACCAGAGGCCACCGGUGGGGUGCCCAUCCUCAAAUACAAGGCUGAGUGGAGAGCAGUGGGCGAGGAAGUGUGGCAUUUCAAGUGGUAUGAUGCCAAAGAAGCCAACAUGGAGGGCAUCGUCACCAUCGUGGGCCUGAAGCCCGAAACUACGUACGCCGUGCGACUAGCGGCCCUCAACGGCAAGGGUCUGGGUGAGAUCAGCACGGCCUCUGAGUUCAAGACGCAGCCAGUCCGGGAGCCCAGCGCACCUAAGCUCGAAGGACAGAUGGGAGAGGACGGAAACUCUAUUAAGGUGAACCUGAUCAAGCAGGAUGACGGCGGCUCCCCCAUCAGGCACUACCUGGUCAAGUACCGAGCGAAGCUCUCCUCUGAGUGGAAACCAGAGAUCCGGCUCCCGUCUGGCAGUGACCAUGUCAUGCUCAAGUCCCUGGAAUGGAAUGCUGAGUAUGAGGUCUACGUGGUGGCUGAGAACCAGCAGGGCAAGUCCAAGGCGGCUCAUUUUGUGUUCAGGACCUCGGCCCAACCCACAGCCAUCCCAGCCAACGGCAGCCCUACAUCAGGCCUGAGCACUGGGGCCAUCGUGGGCAUCCUCAUUGUCAUCUUCGUCCUGCUCCUGGUGGUGGUGGACAUCACCUGCUACUUCCUGAACAAGUGUGGCCUGCUCAUGUGCAUCGCCGUCAACCUGUGCGGAAAGGCUGGGCCCGGAGCCAAGGGCAAGGACAUGGAGGAAGGCAAAGCCGCCUUCUCGAAAGAUGAGUCCAAGGAGCCCAUCGUGGAGGUGCGGACUGAGGAGGAGCGGACCCCAAACCACGACGGAGGGAAACACACAGAGCCCAAUGAGACCACACCGCUGACGGAGCCCGAGAAGGGCCCAGUAGAAGCCAAGUCGGAGCGCCAGGAGACAGAAACGAAGCCGGCGCCGGCCGACGUCAAGACGGUCCCCAACGACGCCACACAAACAAAGGAGAACGAGAGCAAAGCAUGAUGGGUGACAAGAAAUGAGCAGAUCAAAGUAAAAAGUGACACCAUAGCUUCACCAGAGCAUUCCCAGUGUCUCACACACGCACACA